AUGGGUAUUGUAGAAAGCCUUUGUUGUCUUAAAUUUGAAGUGAAAAUCUUGGAAGCGAGAAACGUAGAGCUCAAGUCAUCACCAUCCACUCUUUUCGUUAGAUUCUAUCUCUAUGCAGGGAAUAACACUAAGGUUGAACUAAACACUGCAGAGAUUUGUUCGAGAUCAGACAAGGAGGUCAUGAUCUGGAACCAAUCAUUCGGUUUGGAGUGCCAAGGGAACGAAACCGCGGUCGAGGAAUUGAAGCAAGAAAACGUGGUUUUCGAGCUACGGAGGAGGAAAACGUCGUCGUUUUUGAGGAAAUGGUCGAGAUCGGAGUUGGUAGGUAGAGGAGAGCUUUCUUGGAAAUCGGUUCUUGAGUCGAAUGGUAUGGAAAUUGAGAGAUUUGUAGUGAUGGGUGAGACGAAAGAUCGGAUCUUGGAAGAUUGUGAUAAGCCUCUUUUGUUGAAGAUAGCUUUAAAGGUGCAAGCUUCAAACUUGGUGAAGACUAAGAAGAAAGUGGAAGAUCUUUGUGUGUGUAGAGAUUGUAGGGAAUGUAAUUGCUUAGAUUAUGAAGCUUUUGUUGUAGCUUGUGCGUUAGAUGGAAUCUAG